AAACACUGCCCGGAGUGAGAGCAAACUACCAGCGCAGUGGGGCCGGCGCGAGUGUGCGUGCGUGUGUGUGCGUGUGUGUGCGAGAGAGCGAGCACGGCGGGAGGAGGGGACCAACCGCUUCACACUUUCAACACUGCACUGAAGAGGGAGAGAGAGAGACUGGAGACGUACAGAUCCCCCCAAGAUCUCCCAAAGCUACCGUCCCACAGAUUAUAGAACAGAACCCCAAAAAUCGAAACAGAGGAAACGGACAGCGGUGGAACAUGGACGAAGGAAUUCCUCAUUUGCAAGAGAGACAGUUACUGGAACAUAGAGAUUUUAUAGGACUGGAUUAUCCCUCUUUGUAUAUGUGUAAGCCCAAAAGGAGCAUGAAGCGAGACGAUAGCAAGGAUACCUACAAAUUACCGCACAGAUUAAUAGAAAAGAAAAGAAGAGACCGAAUUAAUGAAUGCAUCGCUCAGCUGAAAGACUUACUGCCUGAACAUCUAAAGUUGACAACUCUGGGGCACCUGGAGAAAGCGGUGGUCUUGGAAUUAACUUUGAAACACUUAAAAGCUUUAACAGCCUUAACGGAGCAGCAACAUCAUAAGAUAAUUGCUUUACAGAAUGGGGAGCGAUCUCUGAAAUCGCCCAUUCAGUCCGACUUGGAUGCGUUCCAUUCGGGAUUUCAAACAUGCGCCAAAGAAGUCUUGCAAUACCUCGCCCGGUUUGAGAGCUGGACGCCCAGGGAGCCGCGGUGUGUCCAGCUGAUCAACCACUUGCACGCCGUGGCCACCCAGUUCUUGCCCACCCCCCAGCUGUUGACUCAACAGGUUCCUCUGAGCAAAGGCACCGGCGUGCCCUCGGCCGCCGCUCCCGCCGGGUCCGGGGCCGCCCCCUGCCUGGAGCGCGCCGGGCAGAAGCUGGAGCCCCUCGCCCACUGCGUGCCGGUCAUCCAGCGGACUCAGCCCAGCGCCGAGCUCGCCGCCGAGAACGACACGGACACCGACAGCGGCUACGGCGGCGAGGCCGAGGCCCGGCCGGACCGCGACAAGGGCAAAGGCGCGGGGGCGAGCCGCGUCACCAUCAAGCAGGAGCCCCCCGGGGAGGACUCGCCGGCGCCCAAGAGGAUGAAGCUGGAUUCCCGCAGCGGCGGCGGCCUGGGGGGCGGCGCGGCGGCGGCGGCGGCCGCGCUCCUGGGGCCCGACCCGGCCGCCCCGGCCGCGCUGCUGAGACCCGACGCUGCUCUGCUCAGCUCGCUGGUGGCGUUCGGCGGAGGCGGGGGCGCGCCCUUCGCGCAGCCUGCGGCCGCCGCGGCCCCCUUCUGCCUGCCCUUCUACUUCCUCUCGCCUUCGGCGGCCGCCGCCUACGUGCAGCCCUUCCUGGACAAGAGCGGCCUGGAGAAGUACCUGUACCCGGCGGCGGCCGCCGCCCCGUUCCCACUGCUGUACCCCGGCAUCCCCGCCCCGGCCGCCGCCGCCGCUGCCGCCGCUGCCGCCGCCGCCGCCGCCGCCUUCCCCUGCCUGUCCUCCGUGUUGUCGCCCCCUCCCGAGAAGGCGGCAGCCGCCGCCGCCGCGACCCUCCUGCCGCACGAGGUGGCGCCCCCUGGGGCGCUGCACCCCCCGCCCCCGCACGGCCGCACCCACCUGCCCUUCGCCGGCCGCUGCGAGCCGGGGAAGCCGGAGAGCUCCGCUCAGGAAGAUCCCUCGCAGGCAGGAAAGGAAACCCCCUGAAUCCUUGCUCCCCUUAGAAGGGACCCGGGUUCACGCGGAAUCAUAAUAAGUUAAAACACCCUUAACGUUUUCAAGGGAGGAAAUGUAAGAGAUGCACGACGGGCUUAAAAGAAAACAAAACAAGCAAAAAAAAACCACAGGUGUUUUGUGUACGUUUGGAGUUCCUGUUUUGCUCAUCCCUCACCGCCCACCAACCUCCACACACUAACAUCCCUUUCUUCUCCCACCAGCUGUAAAAGAACCUCAUAGGUAUUCUUUUUUCUUUAAAGAGCUCCCCAUAGUAAGUUUUGCCUUCUUUUAGGCCACGUUCCAUUGUCUUUUAAAAUAUAAAAUAUAGAACCAAAUUCUCGAGGAAGUGAGAAGGGUCUGCUCUGCGAGUGAGCCCGCUGAACCAGGGUAAGGGAAAGGUGGCGGCGGAGCUGACGUGGAACCGCAGGUAGCGGCUGUCUGCCUGCGUCUCAAAGCUGUCCUGCUUGCUUUAGGAAGAUUUCCACAACUAGAAGGAGGACCUUUUAGAAUUCAACUUAGUCUUCACUAUUUUAUAAUGUUCAGCUUUUCAAAAGGCGUAUAUUUUUCAAAGAGGAAGAGGUGAGGAUGCAGUCGCUCACUUUGCAGCCUAUUCUGAAGUGGUUUGAAUGGUGUCUCGUAGUAACUUGCGCUUGUUUAAAGAGAUGCGGAGUUGGGCCAACGUCAGAACUAAGUCAGGGAAGGAGAUGGAUGAGGAAGGCCAGAGUCAUUCUCAGUACGUUUGCUAGCACUUUAUUGAGAAAUUGACCAUGAAUGAAUUCACUCAUCUUAAUUUCAUAUAUAUAUAUGAAAUUGAGUGCAUCUAUUUUCACCCUGUCAUUAUUUAAUCCAUCAUGUUUCUAAGUU